AACGUCACAUUGUGCGAGAGACAAAACCCGGGCGCGCCGGAGCUCACACGCGCACGCACACACAUCCGACCCCGUCGCCUCUUCUCUCCUGGCGCUGCCCAGAAAGCCAGCCCUCCCUUCCCUUCUUGGGGCGCAGAGGCACAGUCAGCUCAGAGCGCAGCCAGGAGCCGACCCAGAAGGGCGAAGAAAAUCCGGCGGACGAGCCUCCUUUCUCUGCUGCCUGCCCGGACUGGGGCGUCCCAUCCCCCGUCCUGAACUCCGAUCUCUCCCACCCCACCCCUCUCUGGGUUUCACCCGGACAGAGCCCGGAGCUAGGUGUCGCCCCCGUUUGGAAUCCACGUUUCAGCACUUCGGACAGCGCCCCGGGCGCCCCGGCCCCUUUGGGUUGGCGAUGGCGAGCGUUCAGCAAGGCGAGAAGCAGCUUUUUGAGAAGUUCUGGCGAGGAACCUUCAAAGCGGUAGCCACCCCCCGUCCCGAGAGCAUCAUUGUCGCCAGUAUCACGGCCCGCAAGCCGCUGCCAAGGACAGAGCCCCAGAAUAGCCCCAUUGUCCCAGCUCGGGAUGGACCCUCGGAAAAGCUGGGUCAGCAUCUGACCACUGAGCCCUUGGGCACCAACAGCUGGGAGAGAGACAAGGCCUGUCAGGAACUGGGUGCCACCAGAGGACACAGUGCCUCUCAUGACAAAGACUUGACACCACCACCUUCCUCCAGGGGAAAGAAGAAAAAGAAGAAAUCCACUCGGAAGAAGAGAAGGAGGUCCUCAUCCUAUAGCCCAUCGCCUGUCAAGAAAAAGAAGAAGAAAAGUUCCAAGAAACAUAAGCGACGCAGGUCUUUCUCCAAGAAGAGAAGGCACAGCUCCUCUAGUCCAAAAAGCAAAAGAAGAGAUGAGAAGAGGCACAAGAAACAAUCUCGAAGCCGGCCCCGAAAGUCUCACCGCCACCGCCACCACCGCUGCCCCUCGCGGUCCCAGAGCUCGGAGUCCCGCCCCUCAAGCUGUGAGAGCAGGCACCGUGGCCGGUCCCCUGAGGAAGGGCAGAAGUCCCGCCGAAGGCACUCCCGCCGCUGCUCCAAGACCCUCUGCAAGGACAGCCCUGAGGCCCAGUCCAGUCGCCCGCCCAAUCAACCCCUCCAGAUGCUUGGCUACCUGUCAGCCAGGGGUGUAAUCACUGGGUCGGGGUCUGCUGCUGACCUCUUUACCAAAACAGCCAGCCCGCUCACCACCUCGCGAGGACGUUCCCAGGAGUACGACUCAGGCAAUGACACGUCCUCGCCACCCUCCAUGCAAACCAGCUCAGCCAGGUCUCGGGGCCAGGAGAAGGGAAGCCCCAGCGGGGGCUUGAGCAAGAGCCGGGAGCUCAACAGUGGCAACACCUCUGAUUCAGGGAACUCCUUCACCACCUCCUCACCCCAGAACAAGGGGGCCAUGUUGGAGAAUCUCUCCCCAACCAGCAGGGGCAGAGAGUCAAGGGGAUUUCAGUCACCGUGUCUGGAAUGUGCCGAAGUGAAGAAGUCCAGUUUGGUCCCAUCCACAGCCCGGGGUUCACCCAUGAAAGGGUGCUCCCGCAGCUCCUCCUGUGCCAGCACCCGAUCCUCCAGUCACUCGUCCCGAUCCCCAAAUCCCAGGGCUUCCCCCAGGUACACCCAAAGCCGAUCCACCUCUUCUGAAAAAAGGUCCUACUCCCGUUCUCCCAGCUAUUCCUCCAAGUCUGGCAAGAGGAGCCCGCCCAGCAGAAGCUCUCGGUCCCGCCGCAGCCCCAGCUACUCCCGCUACAGCCCCAGCAGGGAGCGGGAUCCCAAAUACAGUGAGAAGGACUCGCAGCAGCGGGAGCGCGAGCGAGCGCGUCGGAGACGUCGGUCCUACUCGCCCAUGAGGAAGCGCCGGAGAGACUCUCCGAGCCACCUGGAGGCCCGGAGGAUAACUAGUGCCCGGAAACGCCCCAUCCCCUACUAUCGGCCCAGCCCCUCUUCGUCCGGCAGCCUCAGCAGCACCUCCUCCUGGUACAGCAGCAGCAGUAGCCGCUCAGCCAGCCGCAGCUACUCCCGGAGCCGGAGUCGGAGCCGGAGCCGGACCCGGACCCGGACCCGGAGCCGGACCCGCACGAGCAGCAGCUCUAGCUCCCGCAGCCCUAGCCUGGGCUCCCGCAGUCGGAGCCGGAACCGGAGCAGGAGCCGGAGCCGGAGCAGGAGCCGGAGCCGGAGCUACAGCUCAGCAGACAGCUACUCCAGCACGAGGCGCUAAGUGCCCCUGAGCCAGCUGCCCUUGGGGGCCCCUUCACGCUGCCAGCCUCCCCCAACCACCUGCCCUCACCGCCUUCUCCUUGGUGACAGAUAGUGAGGGCUCCUAUACUUUGUCCUUCCUGCUUGCCUAGGGGAAGAGGAGAAGAGGGUAAGGGGGUUUCACUCUCUAGAUCAACCUGCUAGGAGCCUCUACCAGCACCACCCUAGGGCCCAGCUCAGGCCUGGGCAUAUGGAGAGAACCAUCACCUUGUGGC